ACGUAUCUCGUAACCGCUUCGUUCCCGAGCAGAGCAGUGGCAACCAGAGAGCAGUCAGUUAAACCCAUCUAAUUUUGACGUAUCUUUAAUCUCAAAUAAAAACAUGUCGAAGUACAGAAUUGUCAUGAUUCGCCAUGGCGAGAGUGAAUGGAAUCAGUUGAAUCUGUUUUGCGGAUGGUUCGACGCGGGUUUGUCAGAAAAAGGGAAGAGCGAAGCUCUUUCCGCAGGGAAAGCUCUCAAAGAGGCUGGCUACACCUUCGACGUAGCUCACACAUCAGCUUUGACUCGAGCUCAAGUCACUUUGGGAACUAUUCUUAAAGAGAUUGGCCAAGAGAAUAUACCAAUCAACAAAACCUGGCGGCUUAACGAGCGUCACUAUGGUGGUCUCACAGGAAUGAACAAAGCUGAAACUGCUGCCAAGUAUGGCGAAGAGCAAGUACAAAUUUGGAGAAGAUCGUUUGACACUCCUCCACCACCCAUGGAACCUGGACAUAAAUAUUAUGAUACGAUUGUCAAAGAUCCUCGUUACGCUGCUGAACCCAAACCUGAAGAAUUCCCCAUGUUCGAGUCUCUCAAACUCACCAUUGAGAGAACUUUGCCCUAUUGGAACAAUGUCAUCAUUCCACAAUUGAAAGAGGGUAAAAAAAUUAUCAUCGCCGCUCACGGAAACAGCUUGCGAGGAAUUGUCAAGCAUCUUGACCAACUGAGCAACGACCAAAUCAUGGGUUUGAAUCUACCAACGGGAAUCCCGUUUGUAUAUGAGUUGGACGAAAACUUCAAGCCCGUUGUGUCGAUGAAGUUUUUGGGUGACGAGGAAACUGUAAAGGCAGCAAUUGCGGCAGUGGCUGCGCAGGGAAAAGCCAAAUAAAGUGUAACUUGAACGAGAACUAAGAAAAAGAAUUGCAUCAAUCCUUCGUUUAUUCCGUUUGUACACUCGAAUACCACGAAAAAACGUUUUUAGGUGUAUUAAAAAAAUAUUAACAGUACAAUCGUAGUGCGAAACGUUUUCAGAAUGGGAUUUAAAAAAACAGACGAUGGUACACUCAUAAUAUAUUUAUUCCUCUGUUAACUGGAACUUUUCUCCAUGUAAUGCAAGUUCACCGCAAGAGAAAUGGAUAAUUAGAAGUGUAUGUAAAGCGCACACAAGUGUUCAUUGAUCAAAAACAAAAAUUAUUCUUGCAGAAUCUGUUAUUAUCCAUUUACAUGGAACAGAACGUCAAGCUACUGGAAUGAUAGUUCUGGCGAAGACAAAAAGCGCCUAUCCAUGAAUAUCUGUACAAAACGAGAGUUAAUAAAAGUUGAAACAUUGCGUGCUAUUUA